GCUUUGCUUGCCCCUCCUGCAACAAUGCAUUUCGACAAGCUCUCCACCAUCGCCCGCUUCAAGAAGUCUUGCCCAUUCUUGGGCCGCACAAAGACCUCCACCCUCCGUACGCUAUGCUCAUCUGCAUCGGCACGCUACCCGACGCUCUCUCAGCUCUCUGAGCGUGCUGCCAGCUGCCCCGUCAUGGGCCCGGCCCUUGCUAUUCGUUCCAGCCAGAUUGCUGCUCAGCAGUCCCGUGGCUAUGCUUCUGUCGCUGGCAUUGCUGACGUUCAGAACAUGCACGCUCGUGAGGGUGUCUUCCCACCUGCUCAUCCGGCGGUCCCUGGCAACGGAGCAGCUGGAAUCGAAAAGUGUCCUCAUGCUGCGGCUGCCCGUCGUGCGGCCGAGCUUGCGCAGGCUCUCGCCGCCGCAAAGGAGAAAAAGGCUACUCCCGUUGCCACUGCCACAGAGAAGAAGGCGACCACUUCGGCGAACAUCAAGAACCAGAAUGGCUUUAACUAUGAAGUGUUCUACGCCGAUGAACUUGAGAAGAAGCACAAGGAUAAGAGUUACAGGUACUUCAACAAUAUUAACCGUCUUGCUGCCAAGUUCCCUGUCGCACACACCGGUGCGGUGGAGGAGGAGGUCACCGUUUGGUGUGCCAAUGACUAUCUCGGUAUGGGCAAAAACCCGAUCGUUCUUGACACUAUUCAUCGCACCCUCGACAAGUACGGUCAUGGAGCUGGAGGCACUCGCAAUAUCGCUGGUAACGGUGCCAUGCACCUGGCCCUUGAGGAAGAGAUUGCAGCGCUGCACCGCAAGCCAGCUGCUCUCGUCUUCUCGUCGUGCUAUGUCGCGAAUGACGCCACGCUUUCUACGCUCGGUUCUAAACUUCCUGGCUGUGUGUUCUUCUCCGACACAAUGAACCAUGCGUCCAUGAUUCAGGGUAUGCGUCACUCGGGCGCGAAGCGCGAGAUAUUCAAGCACAACGAUCUCCAGGACUUGGAGAUGAAACUUGCACAGUACCCCAAGGAAACGCCUAAGAUCAUUGCAUUCGAAAGUGUCUAUUCCAUGUGCGGAAGCGUCGGCCCCAUUGCGGAGAUAUGUGACCUUGCGAAGCAGUACGGUGCCCUGACUUUCCUAGACGAGGUUCACGCGGUUGGUAUGUAUGGACCUCGGGGUGCUGGUGUCGCCGAGCAUCUAGACUGGGACGCCCAUGUUCGCGCUGGUAACUCGCCUGAUGCCAUCCCUGGCAGUGUCGCAGACCGCGUAGACAUCAUCACGGGUACACUUGGCAAGGCUUAUGGAGCUGUUGGCGGGUACAUUGCUGGUUCUACGGAUUUCGUUGAUACGAUUCGGUCUUAUGCACCUGGUUUCAUCUUCACGACGUCUCUCCCGCCGGCGACUGUUGCGGGUGCACAGGCUAGUAUCGCGUACCAGAAAGAACAUUUGGGUGAUCGUCGUCUUCAGCAGUUGAAUACUCGCAAGCUUAAGUCUAGGCUUGAAGAGCGCGGUAUUCCCGUUGUUCCCGGACCGUCGCAUAUUGUUCCCGUUUUGGUCGGAGACGCUGCACUUGCUAAAGCGGCAUCUGACAUGCUUUUGUCCGAACAUGCGAUUUACGUACAGAGUAUUAACUACCCCACCGUUGCACGUGGGGAAGAACGUCUCCGCAUUACACCUUCUCCGGGACAUAUGGUUGAACAACUCGAGAUACUGGUUAACGCUGUGGACUCUGUCUUUACGAGGCUUGGUAUUCGGCGUUAUGCGGAUUGGGUAGCUGUUGGUGGGCGUGCUGGAGUUGCUAUUCCUAACGCUAAGCCGAUCGAACCGAUUUGGAACGAGAGGCAGCUGGGGUUGGUUGAUGGGUCUGCUCCGAUUCAGUUGAAGAAGGGUGAGAAGGCGGUUGUUGAUGGACGUGCUGGACGUGUUGCGUUAUCUCGUUUCGACAAGCUACUUGGACCGGUGAAUGGCGUUGUGCACCACCGCGCUGCUGCGGCGAAUACGCUGUUCAACCCUACUGCGAUGCAGCAUAACCAUGUUCCGACGCCUAUUGCGGCUACGGCUUGAAAGCGCAGUAGCUGCGAGGACGGAAUGUCAUCAGUCAACAAUAGUGAUAAAUUGAGUUUCUUGAAAUUGAUAAUAGUGAUUCGAGAUAUGUUUUGUGAUUCAACGCGUCCAAUGCGCACUGUCAAAUGAAAUAAUUGUGAAC